AUACGACAUUAACUACAUUUAUUAAUUUGUGUAAUUUGGUUAAAACAACUUGUAUUAUUAUACGGAGGGAGUUAUUGAAAUUGAUGUCAAAUUUUGUCUAAAAUAUGAUUUCUAGGCUCAUAUAACCCCAUAAAAAAAAAACGUUGCAAUUUUAUUUCUCUUUUAGUUUGAGUCUUCGAUUGUUAGCUUUUUCAGUUUCAAUUUUCAGUGUCUUCAUAGCUUACUUUAGCUUUAAAUUCCAUCAAGUACUCUUCAGCUCAUCUAACCACAAAAAACAGAAAAAAGGUAUAAAAUUUGUCGGCAGAGUUUCUCUGAUAGUUUGAUUCUUGACAUUCCUCCCUUCAAUUCCUAAUUAUAAUUUCUUGUUUUUCGGCUCAUACAGUAUAACCCAAAAAUCAAAAAAAAAAAAAAUUAGAAAAAAAAAAAAAAACGUUGCAAUUUUAUUUCUCUUUUAGUUUGAGUCUUCGAUUGUUAGCUGUUUCAGUUUCUCUUUAGCUUUAAAUUCCAUCAAGUACUCUUCAGCUCAACAGAAAAAAGCUCAUAUAAAGUAUAAACUGAAGGAAAAGAAGUUGAAGAAAACAGAUUCAAAAUUGUCUGGAUUUUCUGCAACUAGUGACUAGAGUCUCAACACAAGUCAUAAAGAACGGACACUGAUACCAGUUUCUACAAGUAUUUUACCUGCCCAAUGGAUGCCAUCAUUUCUAUUGUUGGAAGCGUAGUACCAUAUGUUUUUGCUCCUAUUCGAAGAGAAGUGGGUUAUUUGACACACUACGAACGUAAUUUCACCAAGCUAAAUGAUUCUGUUCGCAAUCUUGAAGCAUCAAGAGAAGAUAUAAACCGUAGGGUGGAAUCUGAAGGAAACAAUGGAAAAAAAAAAUUAGUUGGUGUUGAAACCUGGUUGGAGGACGGGAAUGAGGUCAUUCAAAAGGCAAAGCAGCUCCUGGAAGAUCCUGGCCAUCGAGAGGUUGGGUGUUCGGGCUGGUCUUUCCCUAAUUUGAAAUUACGACAUCAGCUUGGCAAAAAGGCUACAAAGAUAGCAAAUGAGGUUGCUGUAGUUCAGGGAAGAAGUGAUUUCAAUGAAGUUUGUUACCUUCCUGCUCUAUAUGAAAUUGCCUCUUCUUCUGCCACAUGUGUUGGUGAAAAGUUUGAGACAAGGGAGUUAUUUAAGGAGGGCAUCUUGAAGGCUCUCAAGGAUCCUAAAGCAUGCAACAUUGGAGUCUAUGGUUUCGGUGGGGUGGGUAAGUCCUUUCUUGUUAAAGAAGUCUCUGAAAUAGCCAAACAACAAAAAUUGUUCGAUGUAGUGGUUACCGCCCAUGUAUCCAAAACUCCAGACAUUGAGAAAAUUCAAGUGGUGAUUGCAGAUAUGUUGGGUCUGACAUUUCCAGAAGAAAGUACUGAUGGUAGAGCUAUCCGCCUAAGGAAGAGAAUUGAAGAAGAGAAAACUGUCCUCGUUAUUCUAGAUGAUAUUUGGCAGCCACUUGAACUGGAAAAAGUAGGAAUUCCAUCCAACAAGGAACACAUUGGUUGCAAAUUAUUGAUGACCUCUAGAACUCAAGAUGUGUUGCAGCAAAUGGCCGUCCAAAAGGAUUUGAUCACUUUCAGACUUGAAGUUCUAAGUGAAGUAGAAACAUGGAGCUUGUUUCAAUCUAUGGCAGAGGAUGUGGUUAACGAUAUCAUUUUCAAAGAUGUAGCAACUCAAAUUGCUAAACAAUGUAAAGGUUUGCCUCUUCUCAUACUGACAAUGGCAAGCGGAUUGAAAAGUAAGGAUAUUUAUGCUUGGAAAGAUGCAUUGAGCAAAUUACAAAAUGUUGGUCAUGAGAAAAUCGAUGUCAUAACUCAUUCUGCUUUAGAGUUGAGUUACAACUGGUUGGCAACUGACGAAACUAAGGCACUCUUCUUGCUUUCUGCUGUACUAGGACAAUAUGGUGAAGAUUACUUAUUGAAAGUUGCAAUGGGUUUGGAGAUAUUCAACAAUAUAAGUACUGUGGAUGCUGCAAGAAACAGACUUCAUACUAUAAUUGGAUCAUUGAAAGCAUCUUGCCUUUUACUUGAAGGUAAUAAGAGAAGUCGGCGAAUCCAAAUGCAUGACCUUGUUCGUGAUGUAGGUAUCUCCAUAGCAUGUAGGAAUAAAGAUGUUUAUAUUUUGAAACCGGAGACUGGUUUGAAGGAAUAUCUUACCAUGGAUUUUAUGAAAAUGUGCUCGCAGAUCAUCUUAUUACAAAUAAACGAGCUUCCAAAAAAGUUUGAUUGUCCUAAUGUUAAACUUUUAGUUUUCGAGAGUGCAAAUCGUUUUUUAGAAAUCCCAGAUACUAUUUUUGAUGGGAUGGGAAGCCUUAAAGUGUUAGAUAUAACACUUUUGAACUUGUCUUCAUUACCCACUUCUUUCCGUUCCCUAACAGACCUUCAGACAUUGUGUUUGAACCAAUGUGUUUUGGAAAAUAUUGAUAUAAUAGGAGAUUUGAAAAACUUAGAAAUUCUUAGUCUUGAGGAUUCUUCGAUGAUCAAAUUGCCAAACAAAAUAAGGGAAAUGACUCAACUAAGAAUGCUUGAUUUGAGCAAUGCUGGAAUAGAAAUCAUCCCACCCAACAUCAUUUCAAGCUUGUCUAACUUAGAGGAGCUGUAUAUGGGCAAUACCUCAAUUACGUGGGAAGACGAGAAUUCACAGCAAAAAGAAAAUGCAAGCCUUGCCGAGCUUGGACAAUUGUACAACUUGACGGCUCUAGAAUUACAAAUUCACGAGGCUUGUAUUUUGCCAAGGGACUUGAAAUUAAUGUUUGAAAAGCUGCAAAGAUAUAAAAUAGCCAUUGGAGAUGUAUGGCAAUGGUCUGACAUUAAGGACAGAACCUCGAACACACUGAUGCUCAAACUUGAUACCAACAUACAUUUGGAGCUGGGGAUUAAAGCAUUAAUUAAAGGCGUUGAGAAUUUAUACAUGGAUGAAGUAGAUGGCAUUCAGAAUGUGUUGUAUGAAAUGAACAGGGAAGGUUUUCCAUUGUUGAGGCACCUCCACAUCCAAAACAAUGCAAAAAUGAAGCACAUAGUUUACUCUACGGAGAGGAACCAAGUCCAUGUUUCCUUUCCCAUCUUGGAAACUCUUUCAAUUAAUAAUCUUGAAAAUUUGGAGCAGAUAUGUCAUGGCCCGCUUGUAAUUAAUUCUUUUGGUAAGCUCAGUGUUAUCAAAGUAAAUAAUUGCGCCCAAUUGACAUAUCUUCUCUCCUUAUCAAUGGUUAAAAGUCUUUCCAAUCUUUCUGAGAUCGAAGUUUGUCAAUGCAAUUCUAUGAAGAACAUAGUGCUCAGAGACUUGCCUGAUGAAAAAGUAGAGUUUCCUUCUUUGCGUUCUUUAACUUUACAACACUUGGAUACACUUGAUAACUUUUUCUCUUAUGAGCUGAUGACAUCUUCGAUAACUUCUGCACGGCCAUUUGUUAGUGCUCAGGUUGCAUUCCCUGAUUUGACAACCCUUAAAUUGAGCUCACUCAAUUUAGAUAAAAUUUGGAAUGACAAUCAACAUUCUAUGUACAACUUGUCAGUCUUGAUUGUGGAGAACUGUGGUGAGCUAAAGUACUUAUUUUCUUCUACCAUGGUUGAAACUUUUGUUAACCUCAAACGGGUUGAAAUUAGUAAAUGUAAUUCGAUGAAUGAGAUAAUAGCUACAGAAUGGAGAAACGAUGUUACUAUUGCAUUGAAUGAGGUUCCAUUUCCCAAAUUGAAGACAAUCGUGCUGAAGGACAUGGAAAAUUUGAAGACAGUAUGGCAUUACCAAUUUGACACAGUGAAGACGUUGGAAGUCGAAAAUUGUGAGAAAAUAGUGGUUGUUUUUCCUUCCUCAAUGCAGAAGACUUAUCAUAAUCUGGAGAUGUUAGUGGUUAAGGAUUGUGCUUUAGUGGAACUUAUAUUUGAAUUGAGUUCUAGUGAAAAUAGCAGCAUAGAAAGUGAAACACAGUUGAAGGUAAUUAAUUUAGCUCAAUUGCCGAAGCUGAAAAAGAUAUGGAGCAUCGAUCCUGAAGGAAUUCUUAGUUUUCAUAAUCUACAAAAGGUUGAUCUAAGUAAGUGUGAAAGUAUGGAGUAUGUAUUUCCAUUUUCUGUUGCCACUGGCUGCCGACAUCUCAAACAACUUCAGAUAGAAUAUUGUGGGAAGAUGAAGGAAAUUGUUUCAGAGAAGACAGGAUCUACGUGUGCAAGUCCCACAUUUGAGUUUAAUAAGCUAAAUACUAUAGUGCUUUGGGGCUUACAUUCACUUGAGGGCUUCUAUGCAGAAAGUCAUAUUCUAGCAUGCCCCUCUUUGAAUAAAAUUGAUGUUUACAGAUGUGCAAAGUUGAAUUUAUACAAAACUGUAGCUCUGCCUGCAAGCAUCCCUCAAAGAUGUCAAGAUGAGAAUCCCUCGGAUAUAUUCCAACCACUUUUCAUUGUGGAAGAGGUGAUUCCAAACUUGGAGUGGAUGACAAUAAACGAUAGGGAUGCUAUGGUGAUAUUGAAAUCACAAAAUUUAGAUUCCCUCUUCAACAAAUUGACAUCUCUUGGUUUGUAUGAUUUUAAGAAUGAAGAGGCUACAUAUCCUUACUGGUUUCUCCAAAAUGCACGUUCUCUUGAACACCUAGCUGUUGCAGACAGUUCCUUCAAGAAGAUAUUUGAAGAUGAAAGACUAGUGACUAUGAAAAUUCACACACGCCUCAAAAAGUUGUGGCUUAUUCAAUUACCUAAACUUCAGCAUAUAUGUGAAGAUGGAUCUCUAAUUCACCCACUUCUUGAGCAUCUUGAUAGCUUACUUAUUCUUGAUUGUCCUAGUUUGACAAAUUUGUUGCCUUCCUCUGUCACCUUUAGCCACCUAACAAAAAUGAAGAUAACAAAAUGCAAUAAACUUGUAAAUUUAAUAACAUCCUCGACUGCGCAAAGUUUGGUAAAACUCACAUUAUUGAAGGUAGAGGACUGUGACUCACUACAAGAAAUAAUAACGGGAAAGGAAAAUGUUGAUAUUGCAUUUGUUAGUCUUCAAAGAUUGAUGCUCAAAGGUUUACCAAGCCUCAACAACUUUUGCUCAAGUAAGUGUUUCUUGAAGUUUCCAUUGUUGGAGUAUGUAGUUGUGAGCAACUGUCCUGUCAUGGAGAUAUUCUCUGAGGGAAACACAAGCACACCAAGUCUUCGAAAAGUCAAAAUUGAAGAAAAUGGUGAAGAAUGUUAUUGGAAGGGCAACCUAAAUGAUACCAUAAAAAAAGAUGUUUGAAGAUAAGUCCUUGUCAUAAAAACCGGUCUGGUCCUGGUUUGGCAUGCUGUGGCGUGAGGUAUUUGAAAGUCCCGAAAUGAUGCUAUCUACUCCGACAAGGUUUAGAGUAUUGAACAAUUGGUGGAUGAGUUAAAUUAUUUUCUUGAAAAUGGUUGUUGAUCCUCUGUCACCUGGAGUGUGCUUCUUUUAGCCUUUUGCAGUGUGGAUUAUUCUGUUCUGUAGGCUCUUGCUUCUCCUGUAAUUGGGUUGAAGUAAAGUAUCUUGUAAUUGUUUCAAAAAAAAAAAAAGUAUCAUCAUAAAUUAUUCUCCUGUAUUGUUGGGUUUUAAGUAAUUUAAUUUGAUAUGUAACAUGUAACUCUGGUGGUGAAGUUAUUCUGCUUAAUAAAUUAUCAUCAUAAACAUUCAAGUUA